AUGUUUCAACAAAAAUUAAAUUUGUAUAACUUCGACAAAUUGUGUGAAAGCAAAGCCAAGAGUAUCAAUUUUUUAACAGCAAUUUCUAUAGCUUGCUUACUUGUGUUUAAAGCUAUGCUAACAACUGUUUGUGGGACUGAGCUCUACCAUGUUGACGAAGAGAACAGUGGAGAUGCCAUGGAAUUUGAAAGCAUUACCUCUAAUUCAACUUAUGGGAAAAACAACCUAGACAAAAUUUUAUCUAUGGUGAAUUCUACUAGAAUCAAAAACUCUAAAAAAGUUGUCAUCUCAUGUGUAUCAGUGGUCCUCUUCCUCACAGUCCUCCUAAUUUUGCUGUUCGUCUGCAGGUUGAAGAAGAAAGAUGAAGGCAGUUAUGCCCUUGAUGAAUCUAAAUUAUGCUUCCAUUGA